UGUCUUUGAGGUACAGUCUCUAGCGAGACAUAUCUCCGACUCCGACUAUGACGAGCAGCGCGCUUCGGCGCGAGCCUCGGUGAGCGCUCGCUUGUAACGCGCGACUCCCGAAAGUCCGCAGUUCGCCGGGAAUCGCGCCUGAAUUGCGCGCGCGUCAGGCAUCAUCGUACGCGCGAUUCGAACGAACAAGUAGGAGCGGAAACGUUCCCCUGUCAUUUUCACCGUCGUCCCUAUCGUACAACACCACUUGUCAAUCGUACGCGCGUUUUCCUCAUGCGACCAGGUCCGUCGCUCGCGCGGUUCGCGAAACGGCGGCCCGUAGACGCGCGGAUGUGAAGGAGACGCGCGCGCCCGCUUGCGUGUCAUGCGUGCGUGCGUGCGUGACGUUUCCUUGGAGUUCGCGCGGAUUUAUCUCCCGACGCCGUGAGAUGCUGACAAGCUGGCAGCAUGCGUGUGACGGCAUAGUCAAUGUGGCGGACACGCGACCACGCACGGGCGCCGGCACAGUCAAUGCAACCCACUGCCAGGAGGAACCCCCGGGUUCCCAGUCCUGGCCCGUUGCGACCGUUCACACCGCCGGACCUCUCUUCCAUACCUCAUAUGGAUGGCACACCUCUGCACAACAGCAACGACAACAGCAGCGAGAACAGUGCUCGUAACAAUGCGUCACCCGCGAGCAAUCGAGCAAACGACGGCGCACAACAGGAGACCACCGGGCCCUUCAUCAUCGGCAGUCCCAUCGAUCUCGGGGACAUCGACAAUGUCGACAACAUCGGCCUCCGUUUGGAUCCCGUUACACGCAACAGCAGUAGGCGGAGAGCGCGGGAGCACAUCGAGCUUCAGGAAACUGGCUCGCCGGAAUCAACUUCCGAGGUUGGUCCGAUAAGGACGGAAAAUGGUGGCUCACAGGGUGAUGAUCAACCACCUACGCAACACAUUGAUGGCGAGGAGAGGGUUAUUUUUGUCAAUGCUCCUCAUCAGCCUGCAAAAUACAGAAACAAUCAUAUUACUACCGCGAAGUAUUCGUUCCUGUCGUUCAUACCUUUAUUCCUGUUUGAACAAUUCCGUCGUUACAGUAACUGCUUCUUCCUGUUCAUCGCACUUAUGCAGCAAAUACCAGACGUGUCUCCGACAGGACGCUGGACGACGUUGGUUCCGCUGAUUUUCAUCCUCAGCGUGUCCGCUCUGAAAGAGAUAGUCGAAGAUGUUAAAAGACACAGAGCGGACGACGAAAUAAAUAUGAGGGAGGUGGAGGUCUUGAGGGAUGGACGCUGGCAGUGGAUACAGUGGCGCGCCAUAGCCGUUGGCGAUGUGGUUAAGGUUCACAACAACACUUUCUUCCCCGCUGACUUGAUCUUGCUGUCGUCAUCGGAGCCGCAGAGUAUGUCCUUUAUAGAGACCGCCAAUCUGGAUGGCGAGACGAACUUGAAGAUCAGACAGGCCCAUCCCGACACUGCCAAUCUUUUGGAUACCGCGGAAUUGAUGAAUUUUCGCUCGAACAUACAGUGCGAGCCGCCUAACAGGCAUCUGUACGAGUUCCACGGAGUUCUACGGGAGACCAAUAAGCAGAGCGUAGCUUUAGGACCCGAUCAAUUGUUACUCCGUGGCGCGAUGUUGCGGAACACACGAUGGGUAUUCGGCGUAGUCAUAUACACAGGACACGAUACGAAACUCAUGCAGAAUAACACCGCGACAGCGCCAUUGAAACGAUCUACUCUCGAUCGGUUGAUCAACACGCAGAUACUGAUGCUAUUUUUCAUACUUCUUGUGUUGUGCAUUCUUUCCGCGAUCUUCAAUGUCGUUUGGACGAACGCUAACAAAGACGGCCUCUGGUAUUUAGGAUUACAAGAGCAAAUGACUAAAAAUUUUGCCUUCAAUCUUUUGACAUUUAUUAUUCUCUUCAAUAAUUUAAUACCGAUAUCGCUGCAAGUGACGCUCGAAGUAGUGAGAUUCGUUCAGGCCACAUUUAUUAACAUGGAUAUAGAAAUGUACCAUGUGGAAACGGACACUCCGGCGAUGGCUCGUACGAGUAAUUUGAACGAGGAACUCGGAAUGGUGAAUUACAUUUUCACGGAUAAAACUGGCACUCUUACGAAAAACGUUAUGGAGUUCAAGCGGUGUUCGGUCGGUGGAAGAUUGUACGAAUUGCCAGAUCCGUCAAAUGGUCACGGAAGUAUGAGUGAUAGCAGUUGCGAAUUAAUUAAAGAUAUUAUCGAGGGAAGGUCCGCACGAGACUCUACGAAUCCUAACGAUAAGAAGAAAGCGGAGCACGCGGAUGUGCUUCACGAAUUUAUGGUCAUGCUGUCGGUUUGCCAUACCGUUAUUCCCGAGAAAUUAGAUGAUUUGUUAAUUUAUCACGCUGCAUCUCCGGAUGAAAGAGCACUAGUCGACGGGGCGCGUAAAUUUAAUUACGUGUUCGACACUCGGACGCCCAGUUACGUGGAAAUUGUAGCUCUAGGCGAGACACUGCGGUACGAAAUACUGAAUGUAAUAGAAUUCACUUCGGCCAGAAAGCGGAUGUCGGUGGUCGUGAAGACGCCCGAGGGAAAAAUUAAAAUAUUUUGUAAAGGCGCGGACUCUGUGAUCUACGAAAGAUUAACACCAAUCCCUUUAGAAACUAGCGAUCUCGACCAAGAGCACGCAGAUGAUUUUCGUCAAACUACUUUAGAGCAGUUGGAGGCUUUUGCCAGCGACGGAUUGCGCACGCUUUGUUUCGCCGUCGCGGAAAUAUCUGAAGAUGCUUAUCAGUGGUGGCGCGAAUCGUACCAAAAAGCGUCGAUUAGUCUAAGAAAUCGUGAAAACAUGUUGGAACAGGCUGCGGAUCUUAUUGAGACUAAACUCACGUUAUUAGGAGCAACUGCGAUUGAGGAUCAACUGCAAGACGAAGUGCCGGAAACGAUACAGGCUUUUCUACAAGCUGAUAUCAAUGUUUGGGUGUUGACGGGAGAUAAGCAAGAGACUGCUAUAAACAUUGGUUACUCUUGUAAAUUGAUAACGCACGGAAUGCCUCUUUACAUUAUCAAUGAAUCUUCUUUAGAUAAAACGCGGGAAGUCAUCAUUCAACGCUGUCUUGAUUUUGGGAUUGAUUUGAAAUGCCAAAACGAUGUGGCUCUAAUUAUAGACGGCAGUACAUUAGACUUCGCUUUGUCUUGCGAUAUUAGAAUGGACUUUUUGGAAUUGUGUUCAGCUUGCAAAGUAGUUAUCUGCUGCAGGGUGUCACCGAUUCAAAAAGCUGAGGUUGUUGAUUUAAUCACGAGUAACAAGAAAGCUGUGACUCUUGCAAUUGGAGAUGGCGCAAAUGAUGUGGCUAUGAUACAAAAAGCUCACAUUGGUAUCGGCAUCUCAGGUGUGGAAGGUCUUCAAGCAGCCUGUGCCUCUGACUAUUCCAUUGCACAGUUUCGUUAUCUGAAACGUUUAUUGUUUGUUCACGGUUCUUGGAAUUAUAGCAGAAUGUGUAAAUUAAUCUUAUACUCGUUUUACAAGAAUAUUUGUCUAUACGUCAUCGAAUUAUGGUUUGCAAUUUAUUCCGGCUGGUCCGGACAGAUUCUGUUUGAAAGAUGGUCUAUUGGACUUUACAAUGUGGUUUUUACCGCUGCGCCUCCAUUAGCUAUGGGUCUUUUUGAUAAAGUGUGUUCCGCCGAAACUCACUUAGCUCAUCCGGGAUUGUACGCAACGAAGAAUAACGGUGAAUCAUUCUUUAACAUUAAGGUGUUUUGGGUAUGGAUUAUAAAUGCGUUAAUUCAUUCGUCGCUACUUUAUUGGCUGCCACUUAUGGCUCUCAAACAAGAUGUAGCAUGGGCGAACGGCAGAGACGGCGGUUAUCUUUUGUUAGGCAACUUUGUCUAUACUUACGUUGUAGUAACAGUAUGUGCGAAGGCAGGUCUAAUAAUAAAUUCGUGGACAUGGGUCACUCAUUUAGCGACUUGGGGAUCUAUUAUACUCUGGUUCUUAUUUAUUUUUAUAUAUAGUAAUUUUUGGCCCGUCUUGAAUGUCGGUGCUGUAAUGCUAGGCAAUGACAGGAUGUUGUUUUCUUCGCCCGUUUUCUGGCUGGGACUUAUAUUAAUUCCAACGGCAGUAUUGCUUCUGGAUAUUACAGUAAAAGCAGUGAAGAAUACAGUAUGGAAAUCGGUAACAGAAGCAGCUCGAGAAAACGAAAUUAGAAAAUCUGAUCCUGGAGACAUCUUCAAUAAUCAGGAUUACAGAAGCUCAUUGACUGAGACGGCGAGGCUGCUGAAAAAUGUUAAAAGUGUUUUCACCAGGCGCUCAAACGCCGCCUCCAGAGUCAAUGUCGAAGUGGAGCUAUCACAUGGUUUCGCGUUCUCGCAAGAGGAAGGCGGCUCGGUGACCCAGACAGACGUGAUCAGAGCCUACGACACGAAUCUUCCGAAACCCGGCGGUAUGUGAUUUAAGCUGAGCGAUCGUAAUGCUGCGAAAUGCUGCUGAUGACGAGGCUGCUGUCUUUCGAGCGGCCUGAGAAAGAAGGCUUUGCGUGUGCGGCUCGGCUACGCUUCAGUGUUUUACUCGGCUGACGUUCGAGGGGAAUCGUCAGAUGGAUUGAUAUUCGAUACGAAAUUGGAUCGAGGAUGAACUCGAGGACACCAGGAAGACUCGAGAGGCUGGAAUACACUCUUAAUUAGUCGCCAAUUUUCGCCAAUUAAAAUCUAACAAUCGACAUUUUAUAUAAUUUCGGAUAAUAAAAAAUUUCACUCCACUAGAUUUAUUGCAAGGGAAAAGAAGGAAGAUAAAACUAUAUAUUUGUAACUUUACAUGCUGCAUGUCAGCGACCAAUUAAGGGUUGAUAAACGUUAAUGUUCAAAUGAAAGAUUUUUCUCUAAAUUACUGCGAUCAAUUUGUAGAAGAAAAUUCCGAUAUUAGUACUAAUAAUUAUUUUGAUACUCCAUGAAAUUUUAUUCUAAUACCGUAAAGACCUCGUUCUUAAAAUAUCGAGUAGUGACGUAUUCGCGCGGAAUCGGUGACGCAGCUGCGUUUUACCGUCAUGCAUUUGGAAAUGCAUUUCGUAUUAGUGUCAAAGUUAUUGUAUAUGCAGAGUCCUAUUAAGCACCGAGGAAACCGUUUACGUCUAUUCUCGUAGAACAGAACGCCGCUCUACUUUUUCUGUCAAGGAGCAAAGUCAUGUAAAUUGCGCAAAGUUGUCAUUGCGAUCUUGAAUGUUACUUCAAAACUAACAAAUAUAUAUAUUUGUUCUGUAUAUGAAGAGAAAGAAAUUCGUCGUGCAAGAUAAUCAUCCAGAAGCGCACUCGAAUGGGCUCUCUCUGGAAUUGUGUGAGUACUUCUAUAUAUAUAUAUAUAUAUAUAUAUACACACACACACACAACACACAGGAUGUUUCAUAUACAUAUAUGUGAGACAUGUCUCUUAUGUUAUGAAACACCCUGUAUAUAAAUCUAAAUUUGUACAUUUCAAAAAUUGAGAAAGAGCUGCGAUCGCAACGCGGUGGAGGAUUACGUUCAAUUUCGUGCCAGAAAAAGACUGUUUCCCUUGUUCUAUAUAUGUUCCCCUUGUACAUAUAUACAUACAUAUAUAUUAUGUUACUCUUUAUUUUUUUAAAUGAUAACGAUAUACUUUAUUAAUGUACAUACACGAAACUACGUUGUUAUCUAGUCAGAAUCUAAUACCGAUCUCUUCAGUUCAGAGAUUCACUCUUCCGCCCAUCACAAUACACUUUUUUUUAAUUUUAUGACUGAUAAGUUCAGUUAGAAAGAAA